AUGAUCCCAGAAUUAGACAGUAUAUCAAGUCCUUUUGCACGAGAAGAAUGGAUUGUGAAGCAAAUGAAUAAAAUAAUAUCAGCUACUACUUUUACUGAUACAGAUGACCUUUUGUACGAUGAUUCUAUUCGAACUGCUUCAAGAACUUUUAGACAAACAUUUGAUGUGCCUUUUACAGAGCGUUUAGUUAACUGU